AUGGCUUUGUUUCCACCGGUGGAUUCUGUGGUGCCAGCUACUAAGCUUGUUCCCAGUUCCCAGCUGGAACACCAGAAGAACAACUUUCAGCAUGUACUCAUACCUGACAAAGAGGAAAGCUUAAAGGAUCUCUAUACCCGAAAAAGCCGAAGCUAUUCGUAUUCUCUUUUUGCAGAAAGCAGUCAACACAGCUCCAGGCACGGAGGCUUCUGUUCAGCUGGACUGCAGAGCAAGUAUCUCACCAGCCAGACCAAGACUCUGCCAGCUAAAUCAGUAGCCCAACGCAAAGAAGGAGUGGACCGUGCAUACCCCCUGAAACCCAUUUUUCACCACAAGGGUGUGAGUGUUCCAGCGGUCAACACAGCACAGCUCAGAAGUUCCCCAUACAGGGAGGAAGCUCCAAAUAGUAGGCCUGGCUCAAUGAGCAAAGGGAAGCCUCCAGCAGGGAGGCCUCAGCUAGAUGCAGUGCUCUCUCCUUGGACAGCAGAGCCUAAACAGUCAGCCUCCCCUCUAUACAGGAGAGAGCUGGCCUACAUCCUAAAGUUGGAGGCAGAUGGACGGAACCUGGAAGAGGAAAUUCGAAAGAAAGAGGCCCUCCUCAGAGAGAAGCUGAGGAGAACAAAGGAGGAGCUUAGGAGGAUUCAAAGAGAGAAGGAGCUUGUCGAGGCAGAGGAGAGAAGAGACAGAGAAGUGGAGAGGACCCAUGAGCAAAAGGCCGCAAGGCGCCCUGAAGAGAAAACUUUCAGAGUUGCAGUCAGGCCAGGUGAUGGUGGGGGGGUCUUUGGUGGGGCGCAGUCUGCAGAGGCCACUAUCCCCAAACCUGGCACCACCCUCCACUCCCAAGAGCUGGCUAUGGGGAAACUCAAGAAGGAGCGGCUGGUGGCCAGCAACAGCAAAAUUCGAGGCCGCAUACCCAUGGAGCGUUUAGCCUCAUGUUCAGAGCUGGCCCUAAAACAUCGCCCUUCUCCCUCUGCCCUCUUGGACAGAGAUUCUGGUGACCACCCGUCCACAGAGGUGCUGUACAUGCAGGCUGCCAGUGCUGUGGAGCCGGGGGGGCUCGGACAGUGCAGCUUCUGCGGACGUAAAUUUCUCUGCACCAGGCUUGAGAAGCACACGAGUAUCUGCGGCAAGAGCCAAGGCUCCAAGAGGAAAGUGUUUGACUCCAGCAGGGCCAGAGCUAGGGGCACAGAACUGGAACAGUAUCAGCAGCGGAAGAGCUCAGAGAGGCCUCAGAAUAAGCCACCCAGAAGGAACAACUGGAGACAGAAGCACGAGGUUUUCAUCCAGACCCUGCGCCAGGCCCGCCAGGUGCAGCAAGUCCUCUCCAAGGGAGGGAAGGUGUCUGACUUUCCCCCAUUGCCCUCCAUCGAAAACCCAGACUACGUUGCCUGCCCCUACUGCCGACGCCGAUUUGCUCCCCAAGCAGCUGAGAGACACAUUCCCAAAUGCAAAACCAUCAAGAAUAGGCCCCCACCCCCACCGCAGAGGAGGCGCUGCUGA